AUGAGUCCAACUGAAUCACCUACAAAACAACCGUCCACCGAACGAUCGUUAUUCGACGAUGCCUCUACAUUGUUGAUGUUUUCCAAGAGUCAACCGCAAACUCAAAUUCCUCCAGUAGAGGAUGCAACAAAUCAACAGGCAAUAGAUCCUGCUGCUUCUGCUGCAGCUGUGACUUUGGCAGCAGCUGCAAAUCUUACUUCACCAUCAACUCAAUCACAGUAUCAAGAAGAAGAACCCAAAGUGGAAGAUAUUAAAUUUGAAGCUACAACAACCCCAACCAAGAGGAAAGGUAAGAAGAAAAAGAAGAAGUGGCCAGUGGAUGAUUCUUAUAUUGUGGAUCCAGAUGCUGGCAUCAUUACUUGUCUUUGUGAUUUUGAUGAUGACGAUGGGUUUACUAUUCAAUGUGACCACUGUAACAGAUGGCAACAUGCCGUAUGUUUUGGUAUCAAGGAUAUAGAUUCAGCUCCUGAAAACCAUCUUUGUAACGUGUGUCAGCCAAGAGAUGAUUUGAAUGUGGAAGUCGCAAGAAGAAGGCAAUUGCGUCAACGCUCUUUGCUAACUGUACAAAAUAUUUCUCCUGAAAAUGUUGCUGAUAUUGGGAAAAGAAGAAAGAGAAGGAAUGAUAAAGAUGAAUAUAACAUUGAAAGACCACAGCAGAAAAGACAAAAUUCUAGACAUGAUAAUAUUGAACAAGAUGGACCCGGGAAGGGCCAACAAGGGGGAAAUGAAGUACCUAAUAUACCAACACCAGAUCUUGUAGUGCGAAGAAAGGAGCAUUUUUUGACCGCAAAGGAAGCAUAUGGUGCUAGUUUUCUUCCUAUUGAUACAUACAGAAUGAAGAAUGAGACAGUGGCGUUAUUUUUAGAUAAACAUAAAAAUGAUGCAUUUAUAACGAUUAUUGAAGAUUUUGCACCCUUAGAUAUCGAAGUGAAACCAUACGCAGAUUUUAAUUAUUCAAGAACUUUUCCAGGUUUUCCAAAAUUAGGGACUUUCUUACCAGAGGGCUGCAAUGAAAGUGCUCUGAUACAAGAAUUUCUUGGCGAAUUGAAUUUCAAGGAAGACUAUUUAGAUGACCCAAGGAAUAUGUAUAGGAUAUGGGGAACCGUAAAAAGCAAGGUCGUCUUUCAUCCAAAUUGGCCACUUUGUAUUGAUGCCAGAUCCUGUGGUAAUCUGGCGAGAUAUAUUCGAAGAUGCUGUAAUCCAAAUGUAGGACUAUCCACUGUGAAAAUAAAAGAAACAAACGAGAUAAAGUUUGUUUUAAAAGCUUUGCGUGAUAUCAACCCAGGUGAAGAACUACAUCUUUCCUGGCAUUGGGAUAAGAAGCACCCAAUAAGGAAAUUAAUAGAAGAUGAUGAAACCUUCGAUACUUUAAGUGAAGAAGAGAAGUUUUUAUUGAUUAAUUCCGUCGAUUCUAUACUAAGUUCAUGUGACUGUGGAUGUACAAACAAUGGAAAUUUAAAUAAUAAAGAUUGUCAUAUUUUGAAAGUGAAGAAGGCUAUUCAACCAUUGGUGAAAUCUGUAAAACAAAAAAUGAACAAUCGAUACAAGCUAAAUGCCGUUUUGGAUGAAUUAGAUCACAGAAGGGCAAGACCAAAACCUAUUUUGGAACGAUUAUUGAAUCAAUCAUUUAAGAACAGAUCAACGAAUAGACAGGAAAUAAUCUCAAAAAUUCUAAAUAAUAUGAAUCCGCAAGAUAAAGGGUACCAUCUUUUAAGUUCUACAUACGGUAGCAUAUUGCCAAUAACUGAUCUUAGUGCCACCAAUCGUAGAAAAUCAGAAGGUUUGGUUGUUGCAAAUACUCACCAACCAUUUAAGGUGUCCGUAUUAAAAAACAAAAGUAUUUUAAGGACUGAUUCAAGGAAGGGGGCUAAGAAUACUAAAAUAAAGGCCCUAAAAAAGCCUUCCUAUUUUGAUGAAACAAUGAUAACAGAUUUGGAUAAACUGUUAACCCCAAUUGAAUUAAUUGUUCCUCAAUCACUUCAGCGGGGAGUAACAUUAGAAUCUCAAUCUGUAGGGCUGGGAUUGAACCAAAGUCAUAACCCUGAAGAAAUUGAGAAGUUGAACAAGAUUCAGGACGUCGAUCUUUUAUCAGGAAUGAAACCUUCGGAGAAUGUGAUAGAAGAUACAAAAUAUGAUAUUUCAAGGGUUUCAUCUUCGCCUAAAAUACUUGCAUCUAGUCGUCCUUCAUCUGCUGGUGGUAUUAAUACUUCUGAAAAUACCGAAUAUAAGGAAGCAGUCUCUAAUACAGUACCUACGGCACAUCUAAAGAAGAAGUUAAGUUUUGCUGACUAUAGGAAAAAAUUACAGAAAUAG